CAAAUGGGGAAAGCGGAAACGUACAGGAGUUUAUUUGAAAACGUAUCGUAAUCGCAUGACGGCCUAAUAAUAAGGAUCCAUUGUAACCGGAUUGGCAAUCGCAUAUUUCGUCACGCGUUUCACCCAUGGACACGUGUUUCCGGAAAUUUUACGGAAAAGUAUCGAACAUUUGGGCCCGAUAUUCGUCAAAUUCGGCCAGUGGGCGGCUACGCGAAACGAUCUGUUUCCUGAGGAUAUUUGCCGUACGCUUUCGCGAUUGCAGCGUACGGUUUCACCGCAUUCGUGGAGUUAUACGAAGCAUUUGCUGAAAUCUACGUAUGGUUCAAAUUGGAAGAAUAUAUUCGUGAAAUUCGAGGACAAAGUACCGAUCGGAUCGGGAUGCUGCGCUCAGGUGUACAAGGCAUGGGUGGAUCUGAAUGCUCGAGUCGAAGUAACGCGAACGCCUCGAAUACCUACGUUCGUGCAAAUUAUCGAGUACUUCAACCUCGGAUGGAUAAACACUUUCGUCGAAUGUUGAACGAUGACGGUGAAAUGCAACAGGACAACGCGUACAAAAGGAAAUUGCAACCUGUGGCGAUUAAAAUUCUACAUCCUGGAAUUAAAGGCCAGCUAAAGCGAGAUCUGUCCAUCAUGAAGGGGAUUUGUAAGUGCGCAACGUACAUCGUUCCGCAAUUACAUUGGCUCAGUCUUCCCGACUGCAUCGACGAGUUCUCGCAGAUAAUGGAAAAUCAAGUCGAUAUGAAUCUUGAAGAGGCUAACUUAUUAAAAUUUUCCAAAAAUUUCGCCGGAAAGGAGGACGUCAUUUUUCCCCAUCCUUACACGAAUUUCACGCAACGUGAAAUACUCGUGGAAAGCUUUCACGAAGGUACACCGAUUUCCGAUUAUCUCGAGUAUGACGAUACCAAGCUCCAAGAGAAACUAGCUAAGAUAGGAAUCAGGACGAUCUUGAAAAUGGUAUUUAAAGAUAAUUUCAUUCAUUGCGACUUACACCCUGGUAACAUCCUAGUUGACACAAACUGUGAGCCAACUGGAAGAAUUUGGGCCUGGCUUGGGAGGUUUAUCGAUCGUGAUUACUUGCCAAGCUAUCCGCGAUUAGUCAUACUCGAUUGCGGUUUGGUAGUAUCACUGAACGCUCGCUGUCAACGAAAUCUUAGGGACGUUUUCCGCUCUGUAUUAAUGGGUAACGGCGAACUGGCGGCGGAGUACAUCUUGGAACAUACCUCGCAAGCAUCUCCCGACCCGGACGGUUUUAAAAAUGCGAUGCGGGAGAUCGUUAAUUCUCAUCUUAAAGAUAACAUCACUGUGAGCGUAAGCACGGUCGUGACAGAGUUGUUUUCCGCGAUGGUUCAGCAUCGAGUCAAGCAAGACGGAUCCUUCAGCAGCGUGAUCCUUAGCAUGGUCGUGAUCGAAGGACUCGGACGUAGUCUUGAUCCGAAUAUCGACAUCUUCACAGAAGUUUUGCCGUUCGUCUUUACUAGCACGUGGUUCGACGAUUAAGUCGGGGAAUUGUCUAAA